AUGGCAAAGAAUAACCUAGGCUCACAGGAUGAAGGCAGGCAGAUGACUUCGAUAUCGCACAACAGUCUCAGUAUCCUGAAUGUUUCUUAUGCAGUCAGGUAAGUAAAUGGCAAGACCGAUUAAGAAAUUUGGUUUUUGUGUAUUCCAGUAUGAACUUUACCUGAACUAUACCUCCCAGUAUAACAUGUAGAUCAGAAUGUUCCAGCACAGUUCUUGGUUCAACAUUGCAGAAACCUUUUCGACACAUGUCUCUCUUGAAAGCAUGCAAUUGAAUGAAUAAUGAUAAUAUUGCUUGUUGGCCGAAAGCUCCCAAAGUGAUAUACAGGGAAAUUUAAAUGCAUUUCUUUUCCCCCUCUUCCAACUCCACCUAUUAAAUCUUGGAAGAGCAUUUUUCAUGCAAGUUGCAAAACAAAGCAUAAAGGGUUAUGGAAGUUUCUGUCCACAUAACAUUUCAUUUUUAGAAUGAAAACGAUAUCCUUUGAUUGUUUUCAAAACACUACUGUAUUUUAAUUCUUUCCAAAGUCAUUUCACAUGAGUUUCUCUCCCUUUCCCUCAAAGGGAACACGUGGGACCCUGGUGGGAUAUUCGAUCAUACCGUAAGAAGUGGAACAGGCAGAUUCUUAAAGAUGUGUCAUUUCAUACGGAAAGUGGUCAGAUCAUGGGCAUCUUGGGAAAUUCUGGUGAGUAGUAUAUACACCUGCAUUUUAACUAAACACAAAUAUUUCUACAUUAACUACAGCAAACACUUUAAAAUUUACUUAACCAUCCCUCCUCCCAAGAAACUCUGGGAACUGCAGCACUGUGAGGGGAAUUGGGGUCUCCUAACAACUCUCAGCACCUUUAAAAAACUACAGUUCCCAGGAUUCUUUGGGAGAAGCCGUGACUGUUUAAAGCAGCAUGAUACUGCUUUAAAUGUAUAGUGCAUACUGUCCUGAGCUCCUUGGAGGAGGGGCACGAUAAAAAAUGCACUAGGCACAUUCAUAUGACGACAACUUAUAUAAGGGACUGAACUCAGUGUCCAGCUCCUUGAAUGCUACCUUUAAGGUCGCUAAUCCUCAAUCUGGUCUGGUCAAUUUCAAAUAACAGGGUAUCACAUACCAGUGGCACAGUUGCACUUUUGCGGUUGGGACCAUUCAUCUUGUAAGUUUGCAAAUUAUCUAUGUUAAUGGAGGGAGAACCUACCCAAAUCCAUAAAUUUAGUUAGAUCAUGUAAUAUAUUUUAGGAUACAGUGGUACCUCGCAAGACGAAUGCCUCGCAAGACGAAAAACUCGCAAGACGAAAGAGUUUUUCAUUUUUUGAGUUGCUUCACAAGACGAAUUUCCCUAUGGGCUUGCUUCGCAAGACGAAAAACGAAAACGUCUUGCAAGUUUGUUUCCUUUUUCUUAAAACCGUUAAUACCCAGGGUGACUUCGAGGAGCAACUCAUAGCACGCGGUGUGGUAGCCUUUUUUGAGGUUUUUGAAGACUUUGGUGAUUUUGAAGACUUUGGAAAACCGUGCUUCGCAAGACGAAAAAUUCGCAAGACGAAAAAAGUCGCAGAACAAAUUAAUUUCGUCUUGCGAGGCACCACUGUAUAUAAUUUGCUAUUGUUUUCAGAGAUUUCCCUUGAUAAUCUCUUGAAACUUUCCACUGACUUGCACAGCUGUCUUCCCCUCCCUCUGGCUUCUCCAGCCACUCACUCAUCUGUAACAACAACAACAUCUAUCUAUCUAUCUAUCUAUCUAUCAUCUAUCUAUCUAUUAUCUAUUAUCUCUAUCUAUCUAUCAUCUAUCUAUCUAUCUAUCAUCUAUCUAUCUAUCUAUCUAUCUAUCUAUCUAUCUAUCUAUCAUCUAUCUAUCUAUCUAUCAUCUAUCUAAUCUAUCAUCUAUCUAUCUAUCUAUUUAUCUAUCUAUCUAUCUAUCUAUCUAUCUAUCAUCUAGCUAUCAUUUAUACCCUGCCCACCUGGCUGCGUUUCCCCAGCCACUCAGGGCAGCUCCCAACAGGAUAUUAAAAACACAAUGAAGCAUCAAACAUUAAAAACUUCCCUAAACAGGGCUGCCUUCAGAUGUCUUCUAAAAGUCAGAUAGUCAUCUGAUGGGAGGGUGUUCCACAGGGAGGGUGCCACUACCAAGAAGGUAGAGAACGAGAUUUUGCUCUAGAAAACCUGAAUGAUCAGGCAUUCCUAAAAUACGUUUAUGAAAUCUCGUUAAGUACCAUUGGUACUAUAUUUUGAGAAAUUUUUCUUUAAGAUCUGCAUAAAUCAGUCUUGAUGAGUGUUUAGCCCAUAUCCAAUGGCACAAGUUGUUUCAGGAUAUCUGGUAUACUCCUGCGCCAACUUCACUUACUACCAUAUUUAAUAGAAGUCAGGUUAAUUCAAAUUUAGCUGUAGCAAUGCAAGUGCCUGGCUAUUUUUCUACAAUGGGGGUGGAAAGACUUCAGGCUUACAGGCGCUCCUUUGCUUCUUACUAGAACCCACAACCAGAAACUAGUGCUAAAGACAUAAUAUAUAGAAUUAAAGAAUUAUGAGCACAGUUAUUUGUUUUAAGUACAGUGGUACCUCGGGUUAUGAACUUAAUUCAUUCCCGAGGUCCAUUCUUAACCCGAAACCAUUUUUAACCUGAAGUGCGCUUUCGCUAAUGGGGCCUCCUGCUGCCACUGCUGCACGAUUUCCGUUCUAAUCCUGGGGCAAAGUUCUCAACCAGAGGUACUACUUCCAGGUUAGCAGAGUUUGUAACCCAAAGCAUUUGUAGCCCAAGGUACCAUUGUACUGGAACUGAACAGAGCUCAUAGUCCUUCUGGGCAAAAAUCUGGUUUCUGUGCUUCAGGUGUAUAACCUAGGGCAGGAGAUGUUGUUUUGUUGUUGCUGCUGUUAAAUAAUUGGGAGCCAUAAAGCCUUGUCCAUCAAUGGGAAAUCACAUUGAGAUCUACCACUGGACCCAGAUCCACCUUCAGCCCAUGCUUGUGGGGAACUUCAUGCCCAGGGGCUGAAAGUCAUCUUCUGUGUCUCUUAGUUCCAGCCUGUCAUCCCCAGCUCACAUGGGGUUCUGCCCUUCCUGUUCCUUCUUGCUGCUUACCAAACCCAAGGAUCAACCCACAACCUACAUCCUUCCCUAAAUUUGGCCUUUUGCCUCUGCCCACUAGUACCCAGGCCCACUCCCCCUUGCCUGGCAGCCUCGCCCUUUGAUGGGCCAUCACAGGCCUUUGUCUCCUGCUAAUGGUCUAUCCAGCUAGAUCUGCCGAGCUGGCUUUGGCUUGUUAGCAUAACUAAAUCCAGGGGCAUUCCAUGUUUGGCAAAGUUUAAUCAAACCUUGAUUAAUUCAAACUUUUACUAGAUCCAGGAAUUAUGGGCUAAUUUGCCCCCCCCCCGAACAAUACUUAUAUUGAAUUUUCCAAUUUGCAUUAGGAUCGGGGAAAACAACUCUGUUGGAUGCCAUUGCUGGAAGGCUGAGCCAUAAGACAAACUUUUCUGGGCAAGUUUAUGUCAAUGGACAGGAGCUGAAGCCAAAGCAGUUUCAGGACUGCUUUUCCUAUGUUCUCCAGGUUGGUUUGUAUUUGCAUUUCUAUAGGAGUCUCGGUCUUUCCCAGCCUUAUCUGGGAUUGUUCUGCCUGCAACACAGGAACUCUACUCAGUUGCCAUCACCACAUGGCUAAAUUGACUGCAUUUUCCCUUCUCUUUCAGAAUGAUACCUUGUUAAGCUACCUCACCAUAGAAGAGUCUUUGACUUAUACUGCCUUGCUAGCACUCCGGGAGCACUCCAGCAACUUUAUAAAAAAGAAGGUCUGUACUGCAGUAUAAUGUUAUGAAAAGUUAGCAAACUGAAGACAAGACUGUGAUCCUCUCACAGUUAAGCUCAGGGGUGCCAACUUGAACAAAAUAAAUGAUAAUAUCCCACAUAACUGAUCACAUGACACAGCACACACACACACACACACACACCCCAUUUGAGUGGCAAUACCCAUCAACUUGAGGGGGGGCUGCUCCCUCAAAUAUUUUAUUUAGGGGGCCGAAGUGACCUCGGCCCCUAGGAGUUGGCUCCUAUGGUUAGGCUGUUUCAAUCCUUUCCAUCAAAAGGCAUAGUGGAACUGCUUCCCCACUAAAACCCCCCCAAAAAACCUACUGUUCACAAGAUAUCAUAGUGUUUUAGAGAUAUAGAGGUCCUUGGAGGUAAACUAAUUCAACUUCCAGAUCAGUGCAAGAUCUGUGAUUCUGGAUCUGCAACCAUAACACUCCCGAAAGGCCAUCCAGCCCCCAGUGAAGGAGGGCCUGCUGUUGGACCCAGAAACGUUACAUGGUGUCAGAAGUGGAGAAUGAGGAGUAUGCUGCAUGAACAGGCAGAGGUUUUCUGGCUGUAAGGCUACAAGUAAGAAACUGUAAGAGAAAGCAAUAAGGCUUAUCCAACAACAUCUGAAGGACCAGAGGUUUCGAGGUUGGUGGUUCGAAUCCCCGCGACGGGGUGAGCUCCUGUUGCUGUGUUCCAGCUCCUGCCCACCUAGGAGUUCAAAAGCACAUCAAAGUGCAAGUAGAUAAAUAGGUACUGCUUCGGUGGGAAGGUAAACGGCAUUUCCGUGUGCUGCUCUGGUUCACCAGAAGCGGCUUAGUCAUGCUGGCUACAUGACCCGGAAGCUGUCUGCAGACAAACACCGGCUCCCUCGGCCAAUAAAGCGAGAUGAGCGCCGCAACCCCAGAGUCGUCCGUGACUGGACCUAACGGUCAGGGGUACCUUUACCUUUACUUUUAUUCUACCUGCAGAGAAUGCACUCUGUCAGUAAGCUAUAGAUCCUGACUAAAUUAAGUUGAGUAGCACAAUGAAAAGCAUUGAAUCAGGGGCAUUGGAAGACUUCCUGGGAAUGAUCCCCCCAACAGCAACCCUGCCAAGAAAAUAUCCAUGCUGGUCCCAGUGUGCGUAAAAGAAUUCUGCAUAUUUUGGUUGUGAAGAAUGAUUAUAAUAAUGCUUAGCAUUUGUAUGGUGCUUGAGAUUGCUUAAAGCAGAAUGGCUUAGCUGAACAUUUAAAGCACUUAACAGACAUUCUCUUGGUAAUCUUUUUAGUACAUCUGAAAGAUAAGUCAGUAUUGUUAUAGCCCCCUGUUUACAAUGGUGGGGCUAAAGGACAGAAAACAUGACCUACCUGGGCCACCUAGUGAAUUGCUGGAGGGAUUCAAAUUGGGCCUUCUUGGCUCAAAACUUGCUUUAAAAUUAUGUCCCUGAAAUCUGGACCAUCUGAAUGUGAAUUCAAAUAAUAGCUUAGUGAAUUAGCUACAUGGAGUUGUACAAUGGUAUAUUUCUAUUUCGAAGACUAUCCGGGAAGCUUAUUUUGUGAUCAUUCUGAAUUAGGACUUGCAUUUUGUACAGCAUAUAUAUAUAUAUAGUGCUCAAAGGAUGCUUGAGCUGCUGGGUAGACAAUCUAAGACCCCAAGUUCUUCCUGAAUUGUCUCUGUAUUUUGCAGGUUGAUGCUGUUAUGGCUGAGCUGAGUCUCAGUCAUGUUGCAUGCAGCGUAAUUGGAAACCGCACACUUUGGGGAAUUUCUGAUGGCGAACGGCGCCGCGUUUCAAUCGCAGCACAGCUAUUACAAGAUCCCAGUGAGUAUGGCGCCUAGUGUUUGAGAACAAAACAAACACUCUGUCCUUUUCGAUUAACUGUCACUUGGUACAUCCAUCUACCUCCCAUGUCUCCCCAACCCUUUUUUCACAAUAGAACUUUUCAUCUGUCACAGGGGUGCAAUCUAACAAGGGUAGUUAACAAAGAGCACAACACGUCCUCCCCUACUUGGCUGAUGGGAUUUGUGAUUUAGAAAUCCCCAGGUUAGGUGAAUUUGUUACAGCAACCCAAUCCCUCUAAAUAGCAUGGGAAGCCUGCCUUAGUGGAUAUAAGAAACUGUUUUAUGGCUCAGUGACAGAGUUGAAUUUAGGGGAGCCUGACCAGUGCUGGGCAGUUAGCUGACAGGGUGCCACAAAUUACAAAGAAGAGGUGGGGGCAUCAAAUUUAGGCAUCACAAGGGGUACCACUGAAAUUUUAAAGCCCAACGUCCGCCACUGUCGGUGAUCCUGUCGAUAGCCCUUCAGAGUCUCAGGUUGGGUCUUAGAUCAGCUACCAGAGAUCUUUUCCCCAAAUAUUCCCUUUGCACAGUGAAUUGUACAAGCUCACAAUGCUCUAACAUGGCUAAUUCCCACAUUGUACUGCUAAUUAGUGAUCAUAUGGAUAUUCUGGAUGGGUACCUACCUUCCCAAAGCAGGGCUGCUGAUGGAUAUACAGUAUGUGUGUUACGGCCCUCGAGGUGAAGCAACUGAGAUCAGGAUAGGGUGGGUGGGUGUUCUGAUUUACAAAGGACUGUCCUCUAUAGGAAGGGCAGUGUGUCCUCUAUCCAGAGAGGGGGUGUUGUAACCCUUCCUGGUUUAAAGUCAAAGAAUGGAAAGGGGGAAAGAGCAGGAGCCGCCUUGAAGUCGCCCGUCAACAUCUAACACUUGGAAAGCAAACUGAACAGGGACAGGUCGCUUGAUCACUAUGGUGAGAUAGAAUCAUAGACUCAUAGAGAUGGAAGGGAUCCUGUGGAUCAUCUAGUCCAAGGGUCAGCAACCCGCGGCUCCGGAGCCGCAUGUGGCUCUUUUACACCUUUGCCGCGGCUCCGGGGCGGAUACUAGCGAGGGGAGGAGGCGCAUUGUGCGCCCCGACACUCCCCACUGUGGCGGGCGCUGUACUGGCUGUGACGUCGCAUGGGGGCAGUGCGUGCGUUAGUCACGCACCGUCCCAAUGUCACCUUCCCGCCCGCUGUCAGAUCGUGGCUCCGGAGAUAUGUUUGUUUUAAAUGUCGCAAUGGUUUUGCGGCUCCCAGUUUUUUUUUCUUCGGAAACGGGUCCAAGUGGCUCUUUUUGUCUUAAAGGUUGCAGACCCCUGAUCUAGUCCAACCCCCUGCAAUGCAGGAAUGUGCAGCUGGGGAUUGAAACUGCAAUCUUGGUGUUAUCGUUAUUCUGGUUCCACUAUAAUUAUUAUAGCAUUUGUUUUUAAGUUUUAUAUCUAUACAAAUGGAGCUGGAUAGCUCAGCUGGUUAGAGUAGUGUUUCCUGACCUUUUUCUGACCAUGGCCCUCUUCCAACCUUGUUUCCUUCCUGUGCCCUCCGUGGGUGUUGCCAAGGGGGGCAGCUGCCCCCCAAUAAGUAAAAAUCAAUAUAAAUCAAUACAAAUCUGAGGUUCUGCCCCCCUAACAAAAAUCCUGGCUAUGCUCAUGCCCCCCACCCCCAUCCUACUGGUAGAAAGGUAGCUAUUUAAAUGUUUUGUUUGUAAACAGAACAUGUUUUAUUUAUAUAUUUUUAUAAUUUAUAUAAAAUGAUAGGAACACAAUGAAAUAUUGUUGAAGCAGAAAAACAUGGAAUCAUAGACACAUAGAGCUGUAAGGGACCCGAAGGGUCAUUUUUCUAGUGCAACCCCCUGCAACAUAGGGAACUCAGCUAAAGCAUCUAUGACAGAUGGCCAUCCAACCUCUGGUUAGAAACCUACAUCUUCCAUGUACAGUGGUACCUCGGGUUAAAGAUGCUUCAGGUUAUAGGCGCUUCAGGUUACAGACUCCGCUAACCCAGAAAUAGUACCUCAGGUUAAGAACUUUGCUUCAGGAUGAGAACAGAAAUCGCGUGGCAGCGGGAGGCCCCAUUAGCUAAAGUGGUACCUCAGGUUAAGAACAGUUUCAGGUUAAGAAUGGACCUCCAGAACGAAUUAAGUUCUUAACCCGAGGUACCACUGUAUUAUAAAAAGUAAACAACACUUAUUUGAUCUCAGUUACUUGACACAGAGGAGGAAACCUACAGAUACAGUCAAAAAGGCACACAGGGAGUUCUGUAUAUAGGGGAUAAUUUUAAAAAGCAAAUGGUCCUCCUCACUGGCCUGGCGCAAAGAGAUCUGAAGGAGCCCUGGCUGCCUAGAUAAAAGACUAUAGUCUCACACACCCUUACCUGGGAGUAAGGCCCACUGAAGUCAGCAACAUCCAGAGGCUCUGAUCCGCUGGGCGCUGGAGUGGAUUGCACCCUGUGCCUUGCAUAGUUGGCCCAGGCUGCCAUCGGGCCCACAGGUUGAGAACUGCUGGACUAGAUCCUUAGGGUCCCUUCCAACUCUAUGAUUCUAUUAAAUGUUAUGUCUAUAUGUGUCCUCUUUCUGAUGAUGCAUUUCCUCUUUUUCCAAAAAGCAAAGUGUAAGUGGGCCCAGAAAUGGAUUCAGAUGAAAAAGUGUUGGAAUAAUAGGCUGUCCAUAAUGGCCAGUCCCAAUUAGAUCUCUAGUAGCCUUUUUUUUUUUUAACCAACUUAAGUGUCUGGGGCUCUUUGCAAAGGCAGCUGCACAUAACAACGUAUUGUGGUAGUCUAGCCAGGAGCAUUAUCAGGCUAACACAGAACUGGUAACCACACUGCUGCAUGUCUCUGCAGUAACACACUAUUACGUAAGGUUUCAAGAGCUAUUCCUGUUGUUUUCAGAGGUCAUCUUGCUAGAUGAACCCACCACAGGUCUGGACUGCAUGACGGCCAAUCAGAUUGUGUUGCUACUAUCAAAGCUUGCUCAUAAAGGCAGGAUAGUGAUUAUUACAAUACACCAGCCACGAUCAGAACUUUUCCAGGUAAAGAAUACUUGUAUUAAACCACGUUUUAAUCAUGGAUGUGCUUUGUAAAGGAACAACAACAGGUUUGGUCUCAAGCAUUAAAUGUUAUUGCUGAACCUUCAACAGAUUGCAUUCACAUAGGUUGGGGAAAACAGAUGGUAAACAGUGGAUUUCACUUUGGGAGAAACCUUUCAAAUCAGUAUCAACCCAGAUUAAGGAGGCAUCCUUAAAGCUUAUUCAAAAAUGGUAUCUUACAUUUUUGUUAUCAGAAUGGUAGUUCUGCUAUAAGGUUCUGCAACUCUCCAAUAUUUUGACUUCACCCCUGAAUGCGCACUCUUCCAAUGUCCUGAGACAGAUGCCAACAAUAUGAGGCUAUAGAGGGACUUCAUUGACUCAAGGAAUGCACCACACAGAUCUGUAGAGCUUUUCCUCAUCACACAAAUAUUAAAACUGUACACUUCCUUUGUCAUUGUUGUUGUUGUUUAGUCGUUUAGUCAUGUCCGACUCUUCGUGACCCCAUGGACCAGAGCACGCCAGGCACUUCUGUCUUCCACUGCCUCCCGCAGUUUGGUCAAACUCAUGCUGGUAGCUUCGAGAACACUGUCCAACCAUCUCGUCCUCUGUCGUCCCCUUCUCCUUGUGCCCUCAGUCUUUCCCAACAUCAGGGUCUUUUCCAGGGAGUCUUCUCUUCUCAUGAGGUGGCCAAAGUAUUGGAGCCUCAGCUUCACGACCUGUCCUUCCAGUGAGCACUCAGGGCUGAUUUCCUUAAGAAUGGAUAGGUUUGAUCUUCUUGCAGUCCAUGGGACUCUCAAGAGUCCUUUGUCAUUAGGUAUUCUCUAUUUUUUAUAUUCUUUUCUUAGCAACAUUUGCACAUUAAUGCUUGUUUGUCCCCCCCAAGGUAUUUGAUAAAAUCUGCAUCAUGAGUUCUGGAGAACUGAUUUUCUGUGGAGAUUCAUCAGACAUGAUCACUUUUUUUACCAACUGUGGCUACACGUGCCCUGAACAUUCCAGCCCUUUUGAUUUUUACGGUAAGAGCUUCUCAUCUAGGUUUACAAACACAGAUCCUUCCAGUUCCCUGGCAAAAAAAAAAAUCCAAAAAAAAAUCUAUGCAAGUAUAUUUUUGUUGAGUCUCAUGGAGUUCAAUGCAACUUACCUCCUUGAAGUCCCAUUAGUUGGAAACUAACUUUAUGCAAGAUCACAGGCAUUCAAAGAGCAGAGUGCUAUUAGUUACUGUUUUCAAUUCAAAGAUCUAUAGUGAAAAAGAGAAAUUGGGGGUUGGGAAAAAGCAUGCAAUUUGUUUUUUAUUCUGCUGUGUUACUAGAAUGUUUUGUUUGCUAUGAUAGGGUUGCCAUAUUUAAAAAAGUGAAAAUCUGGGCAAAAAAGUUGAGCAUUUUCUUGGGGGGGGGGGCGUCUUGCAAAAUCUAAAAAACAAAACAAAACAAAACCCUGACAUGGGCUGCCAUAUGUCCUGCACAGAAUUGUUUACAAGGGCUGAAUACCGGCUAUGUCCAGAAAAUUCCAGAUGUAUGACAGCCCUAUCAUAUGGGUGGAUAUAAGGUGUAUAUUAAAUCUGGCUUAGAGGUGUGAAAGCAAGGCACCUUUUAAACUUGCCUGUUGUUUGUCUUCUGAUGUGUUUCUGAUAUUAUUGUUAUUGAAUGAAUAUUUAAUAACAGGAACUACUACUGCAAUAAUUAUAAUAAUAGCCAUCACUGCUGCCUCUGCCACACAACACAAGCGCCAGCUCAUCUUCCUCCCCGAGCUCAGGGCUGGUGGGAGAAAUAGGGACAUUCUGGGAUUGCUUUCAUAAUUCUGGGACUCUCCCUGGGAAAUUGGGACACUUGCAGGCUAGGGACUAAUUCAAUUUUGUCGGGUAAAUUUUGCAGUGGAUCUCACAUCAGUAGACUGUCGAAGCAAAGAGCGGGAACUGGAGACUUACAGCAGAGUUCAAACCAUCUGUUCUGCCUAUAAAAAUUCAGAAAUCUUUCGCAGAACUCUGGAGGCAAUUGACGAAGCAAAAUGCAAGGUGAAAGAGCUGCCACCAAUACCCUUUAAAUGCAAAAAGCCCCCCAAUGUGUUCUUCAAACUAUGGAUUCUGUUCAGGUGAGAGAGCACAGCUCAGGAGCAAUGAAUGCAAGGCCUCCUAUUUCUGGUGUCCUUCACGGCAAGAAUGAUCUUGGCCUGCAAUUGCAGUAAUUAUUCUUCACUUUCAGGAGGACAACAAGGAAUUUAUCCAGAGAUAAGAUUGGAAUGCUGAUGCGGCUCUUCCAAAACAUGUUCUUCAGUCUCUUUCUUAUAUUCUUCCUUCUGAGACUGUCCAGUGAUGCUCUUAAAGGAGCAGUUCAGGAUCGCGUAGGACUCAUUUACCAGUGUGUAAGCGCUCCACCACACUCAGGAAUACUCAAUGCUCUGUCGUUAUGUAAGUUUCUCUACAGCAUCAGUAAUGGUUGCAGAGAGAAAGGGUAUUCUGAAUGUAUUCUGAAUGUAUUCUGAAACAAUACAUUGACUACAUUAUGGGUUUAGUUUGGAAACCUUUUUAUGCAUGUUGGAGCACAGACAAUAUGCCACUGCAACAUGAGGCUGGACUGCAUCAAUAACCCUUUGGAAAUAAAUAGUAUUAAUCAUUAUCACACCUAUGCCGUGCUUUAGAAUUGUCAAAUUCACACACAUUAUCUCAGCAAUCUGCAGAAUAGCUCUCUGAGAUAAAUCAGUAUUAGGGCCAAUCUGAUAAAUGUGUGAAUCAACUAGAUGACAUGGUACAUGAAUGGAUGUAUUUAAUGCUGCAAGGUUAUGGGAGAGAUUAUUAGUAUCACAUGGGGCAGGUAUGAACCUUUUCCCUUGACUAUGGUCUCAAAGAAAAUUGCACCCUAUAUAAAGCUACUAUUUCUUGGCACCAAAGAUAGCUUGGGGGAGGGGCGAAAUUCCUCCCCCCUCUGCAACAAGGCUGCUAUUUUUAAGGGGGGGGGACUCACAUGUUAAAUGCAGCCACGCAUUUUACACAUAGUUUAGUCCGAAUGUAAAUUCUCCUAAAAUGUGUAGAAAUACCUUAUGUAUUUAUUAUUCUCUGGUAUAGAGUUGUUUGUUUCCCUUUCAGUUCCUGCACUGAGGGCUGUUGGAGACCGAGAAAGUAAAGAUGGUUUAUAUCAGAAAUGGCAAAUGUUGCUUGCCUACAUACUGUAUUUAUAUUUAUUUAAAAGCACUGCUUAAUAUACAUUGUGACAAAGAACACAAUCCACCCUAGGAAGUUCUCUUUUGAAAUGAAUGGGAGCUGCCCCAGUGCAAUACAGUGGAACCUCGGGUUACGUACCAUCCUCCUUACGAAUGCUUCGGGUUACGAGCUCCGCUAACCCGGAAGUAGAUGCCCCUUGUUGCGAACUUUGCCCCAGGAUGCGACCGGAAGUUGUGCACUGGCGGUGCGGCAGCAGCGGGAGGCGCCACUAGCAAAAGCGCGCCUCAUGUUAAGAACAGUUUCGGGUUACAAACAUAUUAAUUUUGUAACCAGAGGUACCACUGUAUAGAUGGCAGACGUCGCUGCAAGACGACCACUUUGAUUCUCUGGUAUAGAGUUGUUUGUUUCCCUUUCAGUUCCUGCACUGCGGGCUGUCGGAGACCAAGAAAGCCAAGAUGGUUUAUAUCAGAAGUGGCAAAUGUUGCUUGCCUACAUACUGCAUUUCCUGCCUUUUAGCAUCAUCAGCAUGGCACUAUUUAGUACUGUUAUCUAUUGGUAGGUGCAAUGGCAGUUGGUACGCCGGGUGAAUCUUUCUGCACUGAAGUUACUUGUUGAAUAGAGGAUUCAUUCUGUAUGGCUCUGGUUUCUUGGAUAUCUAGAAGGCAAGAGUAAAGAUCAUGGAGAUGGAAAGGACCUCAACUCCUGCAGGAAACACAUUACUUCAGCAUCCCUGAUAGAUGCCCAUCUGGCCUCUAGCUCCUGCCAACCUAGCAGUUCAAAAGCAUGCCAGUGCAAGUAGAUAAAUAGGUACUGCUAUGGCGGGAAGGUAAACGGCAUUCCGUGUGCUCUGGCACUCAUCACGGUCCUCCGUGUGCCAGUAGCGGUUUAAUCAUGCUGGUCACAUGACCCGGAAAACUGGCUGUGGACAAACGCCCUUGGCCUGAAAGCGAGAUAGUCGCAUUUGACUGGACUUAACUGUCCAGAGGUCCUUUACCUUUUUUACUGUACCAUCUGCCAAGUAUUUAGUUUAAAUCCUUUUGCUUUGAACCCAUUGGUCUAUGGCAGGCCUUCAGAUAUUUGAAGAUGGAGAUUGUAUCACCUCUAAAUUGCUGUUUUCCCAGACUAAACUUUCCCAAAGCUUAAAACAACUAAGUCCUGUACAGAGUAGACUCACUGAAACAAAUGGCCCUAAGUCAGACAUGGCCGUUAAUUUAAAUGGAGCUACUUUGAGUCAGACAAACAUUUCAUCCUUUCCCCCUAGGGCUUGGUGGGUUUGAUUGUACGUCGCUUAGGGUCAGGUCAGGCGGGAGAAUAUAUGGCUCUUAGCUGCUCAACUCUCAGCCCAUUGCUGGGAAGAAUCAACCAAUCUGUACAUAUUCAGCAUAAUGGCACUCCUUUUUGGAGGGUACAAAUUUGGAUGGACAGGUGGAGGGAUCGCUAUUUUAAAUGUAUAGCCAUAUGGAAAGGGUCCCCCCACCAUGUGAAAAUGUGGCACAUCAAGGAGAAGGCUUCUACCCAAGCUGCCUCUUGAUAUUCUUUUCCCCACAGCUGUGGCUUGUGAAGAAUGAUAGAAUCAUAGAGUUGGAAGGGACCAGGAGGGUAAUCUAGUCCAACUCCCUGCAAUGCAUGAAUCUUUUGCCCAAUGUGGGGCUUGAACCCACAACCCUGAGUCUCAUGUCAAACUUGACCUUCCCAGAGCCACCAUUUCAUUUCUGCUCAGUCACGGCCAAUUUAUUUAUCUAUUUCUGAGCGGAAAGAUGGACUAUUAAACAUAUUGCUGCUGCUGCUGCUGCUUUUUUAAAACACCCAUUUUUCUUUGCAGGUCUAUGGGAUUUUACCCAGCGGCUUCUAGCUUUGGAUAUUUCUUUGCUGCCCUUGUAGUACCUUAUAUAGGAGGUGAACUGAUUACACUUACCCUUCUUGGCAUCAUUCAAAAUCCCAAUGUGGUCAGUGGAGUAGCGAUGCUACUUAACAUGGGAGGUGCCCUAGCUGGAACUGGACUUGUAAGGUAAGGGAAAGAGUUAUUUGCAAAUAUAAAGAUACAGUUACACUAUAUUGUUGAAACAGUGAUCUGCGUUUAUGAUGAUUAAAAUUGUUACUGGGAAAUGAUGGGAAAUGAGAGCAUUUGGCUCAACAAGAUAACCCGUAUAGUUAGCAUCCACCUGUCUUGAGAGACAAUGGAGUUAGCCUCCAGGGGAGCAGUCAAACUGCUGUGUUGGCAGCUUCUAAGUGAUCUCUCCGGGGCACAGGCCUGUACAGUGUAUAUGGAAGUCCUGGGCUGCCCCCUCUUGUCCUCGCUGAUGUGGUCCAAAGGAAAUCAGAGCAAUCCAUUUGGCACCAGCUUGGCUAUAUGAGUUGCCAGAAGGAAGCGGACAGGAUACCAUCCAACUGUCUUAGGACUCUACUCCAGAUUUGUGUAGGGUUUACUCCUUAGCCGUUUCUUCUCCUAAAGAUGUCCUGCAAGGCAGCAGAGGUUUUGGUUCAGAGAUUUUCCCAGGUUACCUUCCCAGGUUGAUGAGCCCCAUCUGCCUCUCACUUCCCUCUACACCACAUGCAGAAACUGCAUUCUUGACCAUUGGACCCACUAUUGGUCUUGUUCGCUCAAUCUGCCAGAGCCUGUCUUCACAGGCAGGGGAAGUCCCUAACUCACCAAGGGUUUGAGACCCAUCAGCUACUCUCCCCUAGUUUAGCUGGCCAGCUGAAGCUGUUCCCAAGGUGUGGCUGUUGUUGCAUGCUGACAGCUUCUAGAAACUACAGGCAAGAGCUGAGUGCAGGGGACCAAAGGCAGACAGACUAUCCCAGAAGGAACACGAUGAUGUCACCCACCAGAAGUACUGCCCCUCCCCUAACACCCCCCACCCCUUUUAUGUAUGUUGCUGUUUAGUCGUUUAGUCGUGUCCGACUCUUCGUGACCCCAUACCAGAGCACGCCAGGCACUCCUGUCUUCCACUGCCUCCCGCAGUUUGGUCAAACUCAUGCUGGUAGUUUCGACAACACUGUCCAAUAAGCUUCAUAAAAAUAAGCCCAUGUAAUCCACCAUGGUUUCCGCCUCCGUUGUUGAUAUACGUGAGGCUUAUAAAUGUUUAAUAUAUGCUGUGCCGCGAGAUGGGAAACAAGAUUACAUAAUUUGGGCAUGACUUUUGUUUUGUUUCUGAAGGAAUUUGGAGGAAAUGCCAACUCCAAUUAACAUUCUAAGCUACUUUACGUUCCACAAGUACACCAGUGAGAUUCUUGUUGUGAAUGAGUUUUCUGAAUUAAAAUUUACAUGUGGUAAGUACUAAAAAGAAAACACAACACCUCCAAUUCUAUUUAUAUGUUUUAUUCAUAAGAUUUAUAUCCUGCCCUUCAUCAGAAAUUAUCUCAGGCUGAAUUGCAACUAUUUUUUAAAAAAAUCCAGCGACCCACAAUAGACCAACAACAUGCAGUGGAAGUUAUCCAAAGUAAUCCAUACAUCUAUCCCAUAAAACGAGCUCAGCCGGAUCUGUCCAAAUGCUCAAUUAGUCCAGGAUACUGUUUUCACAGUGGCUGACGAUGAACAGCCAUAGCUAGUGAACAAGCCAGAGGUGGGAAAAGCCAAUUUUUGCCACUGAGGUCAUCUGGGCUUCCAGUAACAGAGGAGAAACCAGAAAAUCUAUUUACCCUGAUCCAGCAAGGGAGAUGAAGAUGAAGAUUAAAUUUAUUACUGGCCAGGGCAGGAAACAACUAUUUAAAAUUCAGAAUUAAAACAGAUCAGAGUCACAGGAACAGUGUGAGUCCCAAAAACACAUAUAUCAGGUGUCAAAGGCCAGGGGAAAGAGGUGUGUUGCAUUUGCAGAAAACUGUAUACUGUAGUGAAGAAGCCAAGUGCACAUCUGCAAACACACCAUGUUUUCAACUAGUCAACACCAGGCACAAGUGCUGGGAACUCAAAUUGUUCUCAAAGCGCUGCAAAAGGCUUGAACACAUCAGCUACCCAAAAUCUAGUUUGUUCUCAGGCAGGAGUCAGAAACAGGGGGCAGAAACCUGUUGGCUACUGCAACUGUGCUUUAUUUUUGUUUCUUGGGCUAAAGAAAGUAACUCCAUUCGGAACAUGUGAUAUAUAAUAUGUAGGAAAAGCAAAUGUGGGAGAAACUAAGACAAUGGCCUGGUUUGGCAGUAAAGUAAGCCAAACUAUGGUUUAGUAAGCCUGUGUGAAUGUGCAACCUCCUGGAGAGAAGCUCACUCACAGCCACUGUGAGUACAGCUCCACUGCCCUGAGCCAGGCCAAAGUUUGGCCUAGCAUGCUGCUCCAGCAGGGAUUCCUGGUUAAACUUUCUCCACACUAACCAUGAGCUAUAGCCAAGUUACUAUUGAGAACCAGCUGAUCCUGAAAGGACAGGUGUGCUUCCUGGAAGUCUAGAGCUUUCCAUAUGGACAUCUCAGCAGAGACCCUGAAGAAGCGCUUUCAGCUACUUGGGCCAGUGGGACAAAUCACCUUGAGAAGGGGUGGGAUGGAUUUAAAUCUUGCCAUAGCUGUAGCCACUGGCCCCUAACCAAGUGGUCAAGCUUUCUGAGAAUGUAAACGUCUCCUUUUAGAAUCUUCAAACCAACACUGUAAUCUGAAAACCUUUCUUUUGGUAGGUCACUUCAACGAUUCCACUGCGGCUGGGGCUCCCUGUCCAUUCUCCCAAGGGGCUCAGGUCAUUGAAAUGAUGUUUCCCGGUGCAGCAUCCCGAUUCGCAUCGGACUUUUUAAUAUUAUAUGCCUUUGUCCCAGCAGCCAUAAUUCUAGCAAUUAUCAGUUUUAAAAUAAGAGAUCAAAUUAUUGCCAGGAAAUAGACGUGACACUAAAUGGUCUAUAUGCUAUUUCACUCUUGCAGUGUGUGAAAGUACAGCGUUAACUAUGAAAUCUAAACCAUUCCCCGUUAUUUACUUUUAGUUCUUCGGUGCUAAUAUUAUGAUAAACAAAAGCAGCUAAUCCAGCUGUAUCUCUUGCAAAUUCAACUGCCAGGGCUGCAUGAACCGCACCCUCUUAAAGAAAAGCAACAGUCAUAUAUUGCCUCUUAG